AUGGCCCACAGCCACAACCACCACGAGCCAGGCCAUCAUGCGCAUGGGCAAAAGCAUGGCCGCUUCCAAGUUAGUCGAAAGACCCGCCUCAGAGCCGUGAUAGCCAUAUCUUUCUGCUUCUUCGCGGCCGAAAUCUCCGUAGGCUUCUAUACAUCAUCACUUGCUCUGGUGGCUGAUGCCUUCCACUAUCUCAACGACCUCAUCGGCUUCAUAGUGGCCUUGGUAGCUGUGCAGGUGACAGAGCGCAAGACCUCACCUCCAGAUCUCUCCUUCGGUUGGGCGCGGGCCUCACUCCUCGGCGCCUUCUUCAACGGCUCUUUCCUUCUCGCCCUAGGCGUCAGCAUCACCCUACAAUCCAUCGAACGCUUCAUCCGCAUCGAGCGCGUCGAGAACCCCAAGCUAGUCCUGAUCGUGGGCUGUGUCGGCCUAGCUCUCAACAUUAUCAGUGCUUUAUUCCUACACGAACAUGACCACGACCAUGGCCCUGGUAGCAACGGCGACGAAGAGAGCAUGUCACUUACACCCAUACAUGCCAAUCACCUGCACAUAUCCGCCAAACCAAAGAAGCACGGCAUGGAUCUGGGUAUACUCGGGGUUCUCAUCCACGUCAUCGGCGACGCGAUCAACAACAUCGGUGUGAUCAUCUCCGCCGUUAUCAUAUGGUUCGUCAAGUCGCCUAAUCGUUAUUAUGCCGACCCAGCAGUUAGUAUGUGGAUCGCCAUCAUGAUACUUCUCACUGCAAUUCCCCUCACGAAGCGUAGCGGAAAGAUUCUGCUUCAGUCUGCACCCCUGGGCGUCAAAAUCGAGGACGUCAAACACGAUCUGGAGGCCAUUCCUGGUGUGCUUAGUGUGCACGAACUGCAUGUCUGGCGUCUGGAUCAGAAGAAAGCUGUCGCAUCAGCACAUAUUGUGGUCAGCGACCCUGAUAUCGCGAGCUUCAUGAGCAAAGCCAAGAUUUUCUCUGAAUGUCUGCAUGCGUACGGCAUUCACUCGGCAACACUUCAACCUGAGCUGGCAUCCGCUUCGGACAGGAUCCAUGAGGUUGAAGCUGGAGGCAGAGAAACAGCCGAAGGCGUCACAAGUUCAACGCAAACAGCACGAACGAGUACCGAGACGUGCGGAGUGCCUUGUGGUGUAACUUGCGAAGAGUUGAAGUGCUGCACUUGA